AGCGCGGAGCUCGUAUCUAGGCUGUUCACCUGUUUUCAUCGGGUGACUCCGGCCACAGUCCACUGCUCGCGGCCGCCGGCAAAGUUCAGCUGCAGUCCCUGAAGCGCCUCAGGUUCCCUUCCGAGCGGUAGGGGAGGCUCCAUGGAGAAGCCCCGGGGCGGCAGAUGCAGCAAUAGGUUCUCGGAGCGGGAGCCGCCGCGGCCGGCUGAGAAGUCGCCGCGGCGCGAGGCCAAGAGCGCCCAGCCCGCGGACGGCUGGAAAGGCGAGCGGCCUCGCAGUGAGGAGGAUAACGAGCUGAACCUCCCCAACCUGGCGGCCGCCUACUCGUCCAUCCUGAGCUUGCUAGGCGAGGACCCCCAGCGGCAGGGGCUGCUCAAGACGCCCUGGAGGGCGGCCACGGCCAUGCAGUUCUUCACCAAGGGCUACCAGGAGACCAUCUCAGAUGUCCUCAAUGAUGCUAUAUUUGAUGAAGAUCAUGAUGAGAUGGUGAUUGUGAAAGACAUAGAUAUGUUUUCCAUGUGUGAACAUCAUCUGGUUCCAUUUGUUGGAAAGGUCCAUAUUGGUUAUCUUCCUAACAAGCAAGUCCUCGGCCUCAGCAAACUUGCAAGGAUUGUAGAAAUCUAUAGUAGAAGACUACAAGUUCAAGAGCGCCUUACAAAACAAAUUGCUGUAGCCAUCACAGAAGCCUUGCAACCUGCUGGAGUUGGGGUAGUGGUUGAAGCAACACACAUGUGUAUGGUAAUGCGAGGGGUUCAAAAAACGAACAGCAAAACUGUGACAAGCACGAUGCUGGGUGUGUUCCGGGAAGAUCCAAAGACUCGUGAAGAGUUUCUAACUCUCAUUAGGAACUGAACUUCAGUGUGUGCAGUGUAGUCUGCAUGUCAUACUGCUAGUGGCAUUGUUUGUCUGGUCUUAAUUGUUUGUACCUUCCAUUUUCAAUUGUUACAGAUGUGAACUCUAUUCCUUGUCAUUGAUUAUAUUUAAAAAUUAUUUAUAGAAAGUCAAAUAAAAAUAAAGGGGUGAGCCCUCUACUUUCUUCUUGCCACCUUUUAGUGGCAACACUAAAGUGAACUGCCAGUAGUUUGAUAUGUAAUAUGCAUAAAACCACUGUCACUCAGAUAAUGUGAGGGUGCUGGGAAGGGAGAAAAAAUACAUGUGUUUUGUUGAAAUAGUGUGGUGAUUUGACUCAUAAACAUAGGAGCAUUGGGAAUGGGAGAGAACUGUGGCCAAUACACUGUUAUUUUUUCUUCCCCUAACAAAAAUGGUGUAGUGCCAAAGUGCUAAAAUAAUGUAUGUACGGUGUGCAGCAUUGCUCUGUGAAUUCAGAGUCCAACAGGCUCCACUUUGAUCAUGUUUAUUAAACUACCAGUGGCACUUAUUUUUUGAAUAUCCAGUUGUAACAUUAGUCAUCAAGGGAAGGUAGGGGAAUAUCUAAGUUUUCAAUUUUACUGUGAGUUAAAAAGGCACAUUUCUACCUUCUAUUCUUUUUUAAUUCAAGUACAGGGAAUUAGUUCCUGGAGUUGUUUACAAGUGUAUUCUCAUGUCAACAUACAGGGAUUUAGAUAUUAAACUCUCUGUGCCUUGAUGAGAAUAUCACACCAUUUAGAAUAUAGACACUUUUGCCUUUUUUUAAAAGCCAUUAUUUUAUAAGACUUAGUACUGACACUGCAAAUACCUAGUCAUCACAGUUUCGUGACUUUAGAAGUUUCUGGGGAGCUUACUUUGUGUGUUCCAUGUAGAUUGUAUUAGUCCGUUUUUCUUGGUAUAUUUUCCAAUAUACUUGGAACUGGGUGAUUUAUAAGAAAAUGAAAUUUAUUGCGUAUAGUUUGAGGCUGGGAAGUCCAAAGUCCAUUUGGUGGUGGCGACAGUGACCCAGGGGUUUCACAUUGCAAGAUGGUAGAAGUAGAGAGAGAGAGAGACAGACUCUCCUCUUCUUUUAAAGCCCUCAGAACCAUGCCCCUGAUCACCGUUUUUAAUCCAUUCACUAUUACGUGGUCCUACAAUCUGAUCAACUCUUCAAGGCUCCACCUUUCAAUUACCAUAGUAGGAUUUCCCACCCUCUUUACAGUCACAGUGGGGGCUAAGUUUCUAAUACACAAAAGUUGGAGGACACAAUUCAAGCUCCAGUAAGUUUUGGAGGGACAUAAUUCGAUACACUACAGCAUUAUUUUUGAUCUUAUGAUAUAUUUUUCUAAGCAUUUCUGGAAACUUUUGCGACUGCUUAUCAUUUUCAGGUCUGUAGAAUCGUAGCUUCCAUGAGCCUGAAAGAAUGCAGAGUGACCCAAUGGUGGACUGCACCAUGAGCAGUGUCCAGUGUUCUAACAACAGCUGUCUUGUUGCUGGCUGUGGAAAUUAACUGAGAAGGCCCUGGUCUUGGUGUCCCUCAUUGUCCACAUGCGUGUUAUCUUCAGCAUAACUCUGUACAAGUGGUGUAGGUAUUUUAGUCCAGGAAGCUGUUGCCUUAUUAAUGAUUAUCUUAAAAUUUCCUCCACUAGGUCAGUGAAGGCCAAAUUAAAAUGAACAAAAAAACUCCAAAUCCCCUGUAGACGUCUCUUGUUUGGUUCACAUAGUGCUCUUCAAAUUUAUCCCAUUACCUUCAAAAGAAUUAACUACAAUGCUUUAACUUUGGUAAUCCUGUCUCUGCCACUUUGAUGCUAUUAACUUAUGAUGGGGCAAGAUGGCAGAGUUUUUUUUUUUUUUUUGAAUCCCUACUUCUGUUUCCUAGCUUUUUCUAUUUUUGGAGUUUCUGAAGUACAGUGGUGAUUAGUUUCGAGUUCCUUUUUAAAUCUAACCUGGUAUAUACAUUAGUCUGCUUAAUAUUUAGAGAUUUGUAGGUAGAAUUCGAAGCACUGAGCUCAUGUUUGGUAUUUUAAAGUAAAAACAAGUGUGACUUGGAGGACCAAAGAAAUUGUUAGCUAUAAAUUCAUCUUCCUGAGAUCAUUUGUAUUCCUUUCUAAUGACUCUUGUUCUAAUACCUAGAAGUGUUCUUAUAAAGGUCUAAUGUAUUUACAGGCUGUUGUCUUAUUGGUAAAUGCAAAGUAAUGACCUUGUCUAUUUUACUCUGAUAGUACUUCAAGAUGAUCUUUUCAUAUCCAUGACCUUGAGCCCAUUUUGGGGGAUUUUUAAGAAUUCAUUGUAUUUAAAUAUGCUGUUCAAUUAAAUUGCUUGUUUGAAUUUUA